GCCCCAAAGAAGGCAGAACAAGAGUAUAGAACAAAUCGCUCAUUUUCUCUGUAAAAGCUAAACGAUUCAAAACAAAAACUCGCGAAAAUGAGUACUAUGAAAUUUUGCCGCGAAUGUAACAAUAUUUUGUAUCCAAAAGAAGACAAGGAGCAGAAGAUCCUCCUUUAUGCUUGCCGCAAUUGUGACCAUCAGGAGCCUGCUGAAAACAAUUGUGUGUAUAGAAAUGAGAUACAUCAUUCUGCUGCAGAGCGCACUCAAGUGUUGCAGGAUGUAGCAGCAGAUCCAACUUUGCCUCGUACAAAAUCUGUUCGAUGCUCUCAAUGUGGUCAUGGAGAAGCAGUUUUUUUCCAGGCAACUGCAAGGGGAGAAGAAGGUAUGACACUCUUCUUUGUUUGCUGCAACCCAAACUGUGGCCACAGGUGGAGAGAUUGAGAUCACAUUUCAGUUAUGGUGGGGGUGUUGUUAGUUCUUGAAGUAUUUGAAAAACUGUCUGACCUAAAAGAAAGCGAUGCAACUGUUCAUCAUCUAGUGUAUGUAAAAUGUAAUGAAUCUUGUCUUGUGCUGGAUUGGAACACAUGUUAUUACAUGCUCCCUAAGUUUUUCUUAAAGAAGUGAAAACUGCUGUUCUGCUGAAUAGCUGAACUCUGAGUAAUACUAAUGUUUCUGGAUUCAGAACAUUAGCUGUGUUGCUCCUAUAUCUGAUGAAUUUUAUUUACCUGUUUCUUGUG